AUGGAGGACCAGACAGCAGAAAUCAAUGAGCUCUUCGCAGCACCAAACACAAAACUCGAAGGCGAUGUACUGGGCGAACUCAAGUCGACGUUGCGAAUUCACUCGCUCAGCCCUCAAGAGAUGUUCUUCAAAUGGGAAGCCUACAGCUUGAAGAUGGGCCCGGAUACCCAGAUGAACUACAAGACGGCCCGAGAAUUCAAGAAAGACCUUCAGGACGCGCUGGAAAGAGAGUCGAGGGGCAAGGCACACAUGCAAAGCGCCAACAAGAGAAGCACCAAUGGCACUCCGAGGAAUGCCAAUACUGGUGAUGUGUUCGGCGUUCUGGAUGGACUGGUCUCAGGCACACCAUCUCGAGGACCACCCAUGAAGCGAAGGAACGACUUCGGCACUCCCUCAGCGAAAGCAACCAAGCUCAACAACACGGCUUCGCCAGCAGGUGACAAGACUCCAACCCUAGGUGCAACAGCAGCUGAACCAUCUCAACUAGGAGCUAUUCCUUUCGCCGAACGUCAAAAUGCUGGUCAGAUUGUCGAACAACUCAACGGCCACAUCGCGAUGCCUCCCACUCCUUCAACAGCACCUGCCGAGGCUCGCGUUAAGCUAAAAGCCAACACCGACAUGGCCAAGUUCGGCUAUCGACCUAUGGCCAUGAAGCUUUCAGAAGCCUCCGAAUUUCUCGACGAGCGCAUCGACGAGUUUGUCGAAGUCGUACAGAAACAACACCAACUAGAAUACUCGGCAUUCGGCAACCCCGCUGCCAUGAGUCCGACACAGAUCGUAGCUGUGGGACGCAUUGCUUCGGACACGAGCGAGGGGAGGAUGAACGCUGCUUCAAUGGUCUUGGAAACCAGUCGUCGCAUGGGCGCUGGCUUGCGUGUACCCCUACGUAUGGAGAAGGGCGGCUACGACUUUUUUCCCGGCAAGAUCGUUGCUCUUCGAGGCAACAACCCAUCAGGAGAAUACUUCAGUGUCACCGAGGUUUUGCCUGUAUCCUCGCUACAACCACCUGCCACAGCUCCUACUAACAUCGACGUACACAACGAACGCCUGCAAAGCGAUGACGGUACAGAGACGCGGCCUCUAAACAUCAUCAUAGGAGCCGGUCCUUACACAACAGACAGCGACUUGUCCUUCGACAGCUUACACGAACUCUGCUCGCAAGCUGCAGAGACCAAGGCCGAUCUCCUGAUUCUCAGCGGUCCUUUCAUCGACAUCGAACACCCCAAGGUUGCCAGUGGUGACUUCUCUCUCCCCGCCGACACCAAGAUCGAUCCUUCUUCUGCCACACUGACUGACGUUUUCCGCGCUCUCGUCUCUCAACCACUCAAUCGCCUCGCUCAAACUUUGCCCAGCAUUACAAUCAUCCUAGUACCAUCAGUCCGCGACGCUGUGUCGAAACAUAUCAGUUGGCCACAAGACCGUCUUGCCCGCAAAGAGCUCGGCCUGCCCAAACAAGCAACCUGCGUCACGAACCCCAUGACAGUAUCUUGCAACGACUUCAUGACAGCAAUCAGCAGUCAAGACAUACUCUUCGAAAUGCAAAGACAACGCGUCGUGAGCGGCCUCAACAGUGACGCCCUAGCAUCUCUAGCCCGCAACGUCCUUACCCAACGCCAUUACUUCCCAGUCUUUCCCCCUCUUCCCAGAGAUGAGAAGGCUUUGACCGUGGGUGCUAGUUUGGAUGUCGCGUAUAUGAAGCUUGGAGAGAUAUUGACGGUCAGCCCGGAUCUGUUGGUGUUGCCCAGUGUGUUGACGCCGUUUGUCAAGGUUGUGGAUGGAGUGCUUGUGGUUAACCCUGGGCAGGCGAGCAAGAAGAGAGCGGCGGGUACUUAUGCGAGAUUGAUCGUGGGGCCUAGGGAGUUGACUGAGGAUGAGAGGGAGAGGGACGAGGAUGUUGAUCAUCAGUUGUUUAAUAGGGCGAGAUGCGAUAUUGUCAGGAUAUAG